UCUUCCCAAGUAUUUUGGAGCAGACCGGCAAUUCAAUUACUGAUAAGGAAUCUACUGGAGAAGAAUUGGUAAAGAAGUUCCGUGAGAAUUUGCAGAACAAACGACACCGUGUGGUGUGGUGUGGUGUUGGAUGAUGUGCGGACACGAGAUGUUCUGAAAAACUGCGUGACACAAUGGAGAUGGUGAUGGAGGUAGGAGAAAGAGAGAGUUAAGAAGAAGAUUCAUAUGUGGUAGAAAAUAGAAAUUACGUUUAUUUUGUCCAUAUUCUGUAAAAAUGCAAUCUUGACCGUCAAUUAAUUAAUUAGGGUUUUUUUUUUUUUUUUCUUAAAUAAAAUCUAUUCCACAAUUCUCUCUCUUUCUCCGCUUGUGCCUCUGUUUGUGUGUUUCGUCCGAGGAUUCUUCUCCACGCGAAAGAUGAAGCUGAAGCAACUAGAAGGCCUCCUUGGUGAUCUUCAACAGUUCUCCAACCCAAAGGAGCUGGAGCAAUACCCAACUGGACCCCACAUUGCCUCUCGCAUGCUCUUCACUGCCGAGAAUUCAUUUGGAGAUGUGAGCAACAAGGUAGUGGCUGAUCUUGGCUGUGGCUGUGGUACAUUAGGUGCUGCAGCAGCUCUUUUGGGUGCAGAACAUGUUAUUGGCAUCGACAUCGAUUCACAAUCUCUUGAAAUAGCAUCACUCAAUGCAGAGGAUCUUGAGUUGGACAUAAAUUUUAUUCAGUCUGACAUCCAGAACUUAGGAUGGAGAGGUCAAAUUGUUGAUACUGUUGUAAUGAAUCCUCCAUUUGGAACCCGGAAGAAGGGCGCUGACAUGGAUUUCCUCUUUGUGGCUUUGAAGAUUGCUUCUCAAGCAGUUUAUUCCUUGCAUAAGACCUCAACAAGAGAUCAUAUCAAAAGGGCCGCCUUGCGAGACUUCAAUGCUAGUAGUGCUGAGGUUUUAUGUGAGCUUCGAUUCGAUGUCCCGCAACUAUACAAAUUUCACAAGAAAAAGGAAGUGGACAUUGCUGUGGACCUCUGGCGAUUUGUGCCAAAAGGUAAUCAAGGAAAGGAAGGAAAGGACAUCUAGCUUCACAUCAAAUCAUGCAUGGGUUAUCAUAGUGAAAGAAUGUACUUACAGUGCUUCUUCUGCACAUAACAUCAGACUCUAACAAUGUUUCUACUGCUUUAGCUUCCUCCUAGUUAUUGUUGUUGUUUCCAAGUGGGGAUUCAGAUAGGCUUGUCUUAAUUUGCGCCCCUUUUACUUUUGCAACCGCUUCGUGCGGCCCCUUGAAAGGACUGGGUUACUUGUUUGACCAAUUUCCUAUCAUUUGUAAUUAUUUUCUCAUGGUUUUAGUUU